CUGUGGACAAACGCUUGCAGUUAAAGGAUGCUCCUCUUUAGACACAGUGGCCGUGACUUAGGAACAGAGUGAGGAAGAGCGUCUUGGAAACAGCGUGUGUAAAGAGACUGGCGUUCUGGAAUGACUGACUGAUGACCUCAAGCUUAGAUUCGGGCAGCCUGGGUUACAAGCAAGUGGCUACGAUGGAUCUUGGUCCUUGGAUUAGCUGUGAGAAAAUAGCUGUUCUCCAUGGAGGCUUUUUACUGGCAGAGAAGCAGUACCGUCCCAAGGAGCUGUCUUCCCUGAGUAAGUCAGACUGGGAAACUAUUGGUCAGCCCAUUGUCCGAGCCGUAGAGGAGAUUGGAUCUCCCAGGAAUGGAGCGAGUCAAGACAUCCUGGCUGGCCUUCAAUGGGAAAAGAAGAUCCUAGCCAUACUGUGGGCCAAACUUCUUCACCCAGAGCUGGACGAGACUGGAUUCAACCAGGAUGUUGACAGAAGGUGGAAAGAAGAUCUGUUUUUCUCAGUGGAAAAUAUUCUGCCGAACAUCAACUACACCGUUUUGUUCGAGCUGGUGAAGUCUAUGGGGGCCUCAAAGUUAUUCGCUGAAUUCCUAUCUGCGUUGCCCGAGGAAGCAUUCCUCACGGAACUCUCAAAGCUAGCGGACCACGUUCUCGGGGACACCGCCACAGAAGAUGCAAGAUUCUUCCUGGACGUGUGGUGGGAGCUGCUGAAACACAAGGAAGGAGGGGAGCAGGAUCCAGUGGUUAAAGCAUUUGCUGCCCAGGCUGCCAGAUACAUCUGCAAGUCUUCUGAGGAGGUGUCUGCCCAGCCAUCCAAGAGAUUCAAGCCCGACCCUGACUCUCCUCAUCCAUCUUGUGUGGUUUCUCUAUUUUUAGAUGGAAUAAACAAAAUGAAAGACCAUGUUCAUUCACUUCAGCUCCAGUGCUAUGCGCUGGCCAAUGCUUUAGACACCCUGUAUACAGUGUUCCUGCUGGACAGAUAUGCCGAGCUGCCUAUUGAGGUUUACCUGCAGAAAGUUUUGAGAGUGGUGGAAAUACGAGAUUGCUACUGUGAAGAAACGCUUGACCAGCGUGAGGUAAGGAGGAAGAUUAGCCUUGCAGAGAACGUCAGAGAGGCUGAAAGAGAAGUGGCAGCUGCCCACAAGCCUUCCAGAUUCAAACCCAGUGUAACUCUGAUCCAGAGUUUGAAGGUGCUAAGAGAGCUUAUCCAGGCUUGGGGAAACAAAGAGCGCAGCGAGUCCAAACUCUCAGCUGAGGGAUGGAACGGCUACGCGGUUUCCAGGCUGAAAAACUGCCUCCCACACGUGAGGAAAGCUUUGGAAGCUCUGCCACUCUGGGACAGCCUGAGCGAAUGUGAUCAGCAAAUCGCGUGCGAGCUGAACCAGUCUCUGAGGGCUCUGCUGGAAGAGAUCUCUCUUCCGUCACUGGAAACUAAUUCUGCAGGAGGCCCUGUGCUUGCACCUGUUGCAAUGGCAAUUAUUGAUCAUAGACUGGAAAGGCAUCAGGAAGCGUGUUAUGUGUUUGCUUCGAACGUCAGCUGGGUCUUUUCCGGAGACGAUUGGAUGGACUGCCUGGAGAAGAAUGCCGAUGCCUUUAGGAACCCGGAUCUCGUUUUGAAGUUGGCCGCGACGCUUCGGACUGUUUGUUUCUCCGACGUCGGGCCGGAAGGACUGCCGAAGAUGAAGAAGCUGAAAGAAAUCCUUGUGGAUGCUUUUUCUGAGCUUUCACUACCCCACAAAAACACAGUACUUGCAGGGAUACUGUCCUCCUGCGGCAGCAAAGGCUUGUGCGCCACCUUGCCCAGAACCGUGACCGACGGCUUCGGGAAAGAGCUGAACUUGGCUUUCAACUGCAUCAUUCAAAGCGAAGCCCAGCACAGUCUCCACAAUGCAGUGGCCAGUAUUGCUCGAGUCACUUUGCAGAACCCAGAAGCAGUGUUGCAAAGGGCGUGUCACCUCGCUGUAGUGAACCUUGGAGCUCACAAGCUACUGGCACAGAUCCUGAAGAGCCUACCCGGGUUGAGUUCCACUGGGGCCUCCAGCUCCGAGACCAGCUUGCUGGCGGAUUGUCUGAAGGAAGCUGCGUGGGGAAAGCUUUCCUCAUCCAAAGAGGAGGAUCAGUUCUUGGAUUUCCUCGACUCCCUGAUGGAGCCUUGCCAACCGCUUUGUGACGAGAUACAAACCCGCCUUCUGCAACCAGCAGAGGUCACCAAAGCAUUUGUGCUGCCCCAUCUGACGGACAGCACAUCCAGCGUUGGGCUGUGUCUGCAGAUUCUUCACAGGGCUCUAGCACAGAAGCCCCAGGGAGGAGAGGAAGACUCUGAACACUGGAUAAUGACAUGCUCCCCUUUCCCUCUGAUUCACUCCCUAUGCCAGCUGUUAGAUAACUGUCCCAGGUGCUGGCAAGACCCAGCGGAUAACACCAUCAGGGUCCCCUUGGAAGUAAAAGACCUCUUGAGCGACACCCUUUCCGCGGUGUGCGACGUGGUUGGCCGCGUAGUGACAGCUUCUCCCAGCGUUUGGUCCAGGUCACUCUUCUGGCUCUACAACAAAGCGGGGACUCUGGACUGGACCGUACGCAUCCGGCUGAAGAGGGUGUGGGGGGACCAUUUCAAAAACGAGGUUCCUCUGCCCAUGCUGCCGGUCUGUGAUCUCUCAGAGCACGACUGGACUGGGCUCAGUCUCUCGGAAUACGGUCCGGGAACCGGGCUCCUGGCUUGGAUGGAGUGCUGCUGUUUGUCCAGCUCCAUGAGGGACCACAUGCUGGACAGCCUGGUGGUCAACGUGAAGAGUGCAGAGGAGGUCAACAUGUUCAGUAAAGGCUUCCUGGUGGCCCUGAUUCAGCUGCUGCCGUGGUGCACCACCACAGAAUGGAAACGGCUUGCCCACGUGACCGAGAGGCUUCUCCGAGGGGGCUGCCUUUACGUCCCCUACACUCUGGAGUACAUCGAUUUCAUGCCCUUGCUCAACCUCCGACCUUUCACCUGCGACCUCCAGCUCUCCAUGCUGCUGCUGAGGGCAUUCCAGCUCCUCUGCAGCACCAGUUGCUCACACUGGCUGCCUCAUGAAGGCUGGGUGCAUGUUGCGAGACUCUACGCCGGCUCUAUGAGGGAUAUCUUGGACUCUCUGAAAGGGAAACUGCCCCCGUCACGUUCCUCUAAAGACAGAGAGGACAGAUCCCCAAAAGAAACGGCGAGCGAAGCCCCAGAUGCAGAUACGAGCCAGGAGGUCGUGUUCGUGCUGAUGCAGUUGUUCUGCCACCUCCUUCACGUGCUGGUAAUGAUGCCAGCCGACACUGGCGAGCCCCUCUACCUGGCGUCUCUGGAAACGCUUUCACAGUACGAAGCUGUCCAGAAGGAUCACGGCGCGUCCUCGAGCUCUCUCGGCAGAGCGAACGCCAAGCACUUUCUGCAGUCCAUCGCAGAGAAUCUGCCCAACGAGGAGCAGCGCUCGACUGUGCUGCAAAAAAUAACCCGAUUAUGAACUUGAUCUGCCUGAUUUACAACAAUCCCAGGGAUAGCGCUGUGAAGCCAGCCCCUGAAUGACUACUCUUUCGGCUGGUUUUUACAGACCCCCCCUCAGCACUAGUCUUGGGACUACCUAAUGUUAGCAUUGGUAAGGUAGCCCAAGGUUAGUGCUGAUCGGGGUCUGUGAAACCAGCAGUUUCAAUGAUCAAAUGCCUUUUGUAUUUUUCUUUGCAUUCACGUAAAUAAAAUGUGAUGU